AUGCUCCUCAUCAGAGCGCCCGGUGCAGUGGCUCGCCGGACGAUGCCACUCCGAUCUCCUUCUCAAUCCAGAAGACAUGGAUUCGAGCGUCCCUUCUUUUCAGCGUCCACAUCGUUCAGCCCAGCCUCUACAGCGUCGAAACCGCCGUUUCGCGUGUACCGCUAUGUGGUCGACGUGCACGGACAACUCUUCAUCCACGAUACGGUGCCCAAGAACCUCACGAGCUGCUUCAAGAACACCGAGUUUCUCGACUUUUUCUUCAAACGCAUCCGACCCAAUCCUGAAUCUCUCACCGCUUCACCCCACUAUGCUCGAUCUGGCGCCAUAUUGCGGCACGACAUCCUGAAUCCUCCCACCGACACCACCCUACCUCCCGAUUGGAGCGACGUAAGACCGUACAACGGCUGGAUGCCGUCAUCCGAGCAGCUCCACUUGCAAGCAUGCACGAACGGCAAUUCGGAAGGCUACGAAUGGAUUUCUCCGUGUGGACCGGAGCUCAACCUGGUUCGAUGCCAGGACACGCCCAUCGUGUAUCGCGAACUGGUCGACGAUGGCGGUGACACAGGGAUGCUCAAGUGGGCCGGUGAUCUAUGGGAACCUUUCCAACCGGAAAAGCUCGUGGUGGACCCAUCGAACGGGUACGUGUAUCAUCCUUCACCCAAGCCGUCACAUCGUCGGAGUACAAGGUCUUCGAAGGAAGGUGAGGGCGAGGAUGAGCAGAGGUACGGGAGUCUCAGCUUGCUCGGUUCCAAUCUGGUACUGAGCACGUUGGCGGAGGGGUUGGAGAUUGAUCCGGAUGCUUUCGAGAAGGGUUCGGGUGGUAGUAUUGAGUGGAAGGGGGAGCGGUUUCAACUCGGCCUGUUGGGACGCACUUGA